UUAGAAAUAAAUUACAUAGUAAAAGAACGUUUUGUGAUCUUGUGACAAUUGGUGCUAAAUAUUCAACAUAAUUUUGAGAAAUAAGUUAUUCCGUGAAUCAUUAACUAUAAAUUAUCUAAAACAAUAUAAUAUUUGUAAACAGUGAAACCGUUAUUGCACCGCAAUUAUUGGGUCGAGGAUAGGCGAGGGUGCGUUGGGGUGAGGAGGGCUGCGUCACGUGCGAGGUCCGCACUCCGCAGCCCGACGCAUGCGAGACCGCGGGGCGCCGGCAGCGCAGGCGCGCCCCCCAGCCCCCGGCCUCCCUCAUCCGUCAGUCUGCCGCUGGCCACCGCGCGCCCCGCCCGUUAUAUUGCGCUGAGUCGCGCGCCGCGAGUGCUCUCCAAGUGAUGACGACUUGUGAAUAGUGCGAUGCUCGUGCUGCGCUGUGCCCUGUUUGCGGCUCUGCUCGCCGCUGCCGCCGCUGCCUGGCAGGAGAACGUUCGCCCCAAGGUCUUCGCACAAUUAGGGGUCGACGACACGCACAAGUUUCUUGGAAACGAGACACACACAGACUUCUUCAGAUUAUUGUUACGAGAUGGAAAUUACUUACUCGUUGGUAGCAGAAAUGUCGUCUACAAUCUCAGUUUGACAGAUUUAACAGAACAGAGAAGACUGGUGUGGUAUUCAUCCGAAAAUGACGUACAAAUGUGUGUCGUCAAAGGAAAAGAUGAGGAGAGCUGUCAGAACUACAUUCGCGUACUCGUGUCUCUCGGCACGGGGCGGCUGCUGGUCUGCGGCACCAACAGCUUCAGACCAUUCUGCAGAGAGUACAGCGUGCAGAGAGACUCCUAUCACAUGGAGAAAGAGAAAUCCGGUCAAGCGGUGUGCCCGUACGACCCAGAACACAAUUCCACUGCUGUUUAUGCCGAUGGAGAACUGUAUUCGGGAACAGUGGCAGACUUCAGCGGCAUGGAACCUAUUAUCUACAGAGAGCCGUUACAAACAGAACCGUACGACUCCAUGACUUUGAAUGCUCCUGAUUUUGUGAAUUCAUUAGUACAUGGGAACUUCGUCUACUUUUUCUUUAGAGAAACUGCUGUCGAAUACAUCAAUUGCGGAAAAUCGGUAUUCUCGCGCGUUGCUCGCGUAUGUCGCGACGACCGCGGCGGGCCGCAUCGUUUCAAGCAACGAUGGACUUCGUUUCUUAAGUCAAGACUGAACUGUUCUGUUGCUGGGGAUUUCCCUUUCUAUUUCAACGAAAUCCAAUCAACGACGGAGCUGAUUGAAGGCGUUUACGGUGGCUUAAACGCUCAAUUAAUUUAUGGCACAUUCACAACUCCUCCUAACAGUAUAUCAGGGAGUGCAGUUUGCGCGUUCAGCAUGCAAGAUAUUGCUGAUACUUUUGAAGGAACUUUUAAGGAACAAAGUGCAAUUAAUUCCAACUGGCUGCCAGUAAAUAGUGCAAAGGUACCAGAACCUCGACCAGGUACUUGUCACAACGACUCAAGACAAUUGCCAGAUCAAACAUUAAACUUCAUCAAGACUCAUGCGUUGAUGGACGAAUCAGUUCCAGCUUUCUUUGGAGAGCCAAUAGUUAUAAGAACCAGUUUUCACUAUCGCUUUACGCAAAUCGCUGUGGAUCCUCAAGUGAAAACGCCUGGUGGAAAAGCGUACGAUGUUUUAUUUAUAGGAACUGAUAAUGGCAAAAUUAUCAAAGCUAUAAAUGCCGUAUCAUACGAUUCAAACAAGCGUGCUGUACCAGUCGUUAUUGAAGAGUUACAAGCUUUUGCUGCUGGUUCUCCUGUUAGGGCAUUGAGAGUAGCCAGGGCUGGUCGUGAUGCAGCAAGACUCAUCGCCGUAUCAGAUAGAGAAGUGCUCAGCCUGAGACUACAUCGUUGUUCCAGUGACAAGAUAAGCUCUUGCUCGGAAUGCGUAGCGCUUCAAGACCCAUACUGUGCCUGGGACAAGCAGGCCGGCAGGUGUCGUGCGUACUCUCACGGAGUCAGUCGCUGGCUGGAUGAGAACUCAUUUUAUCAAAGCGUCAGCACAGGAAGCCAUGCUGCUUGUCCACAUAGUAAAGACGCAGGUGCUGUAGGAGGGCUCAGCUCGGGGUUAUAUGAUGAUGCAAGAGGUGAGAAUAAGGGAGAAGUUAUCAACAUUGUGCAAGAUAAAGAUGGCAAAGGCAACAACAAUAACAACGAAGGUCCUGAAGUUCUACAAGCAGAUCCACCGCCCGCCGCUUAUUCUGUAGAAACACUAGCGCUAGCAGUCGCAGCGGGAGCGCUUGCAGCGUUAGGUGCUGGUUUUGCAGCCGGCUACAUAUGCGGCAGACGAUGCAAGAAGGACGACGACGAUAAUAUGCCUUAUCCAGAUACGGAGUAUGAAUAUUUUGAGCAGCGGCAGAAUAUUAACAGAAUCCAAGCCGAGCCGAAGCUCCUACAGCAGGUAGAAGAGGUGACAUACGCGGAGCCGGUGCUGGCGCCACAGCCGAAGCCUGCGUCUCCACGCGCCACUCUGCGCAAGCAUCCCCCCUACCAUCCCCACCACGAGACCCUGUUCCAGUUCCAGCCCGAUGCAUACCGCCGGGACAACUUCGGGACGCUUCGCUCCCACCAGUUAACGCAGGAAUAUUCGGACCGCAGGGCGAUGGGUACCGGCGUGGGAACGACAAUGGCUUCUCGACCACGCGCUCAGUGAAAAAAGUGUACCUCUGAGAAACAAGUGGGGCGGACGCGCGCGACCAGAUGCACCAUCAUAAGCAUAAUACGCACCACCACCAUACGUUGGUGUCGCAGCGCAGCAGCGGGUCAGGCUCGGCGUCUGCGAGCGGGUCGUCAUCGUCGCCUUCACCGCCCUCGUCCUCGCCGUCGCCGUCGGGCGAGCGCCCGCCCACGCCCCCGCCGCCCGCGCCGCAG